GGGGCCCGGCCGCAGCCCCGCCCGCCGCGCGCCGCACCUCGCUGCUCCCGCCGGACCCGCGGCGGCUGCGUCCCUGCUGAGGCGCCCGCGCCCGCCGCGGGGUCCUGCACCGCUGCCCGCGCUGACCGGCGGCUGCUGGCGCCGCGGGGGUCCUGCUGCCCCCCCGCGCCGGGCGCGGAGCCGGGGCCGGCCGGGAGCGGGCGGGUUGGGCGCUGCGCCCCCACCGCCUCCCUGCGGCGGGGCCGGGGAGGGGCCCUGCGCGCGCGGCGCCCUCCGCAUUGUGCGAGGCUGCGUGGGGCCGGCGCGGGGGCGCGGCCGCGGGGCUGCCCCGCGCCUCCCGCCUCCUCCCGCCUCCUCCCGCUGCCCGCGGCGCUGCCUGUAGCGGGAGGCGCCGGGCUGAGGCGUGAGCGAUGCUUUUGUGCGCGGCGGCGGGCGGAGCAGCGGGUAGCGCCGGAGCCAGCGGGAGCUGCGGUUGCGGGGCAGGGCGGGCGCCGCGGCCACCCGCGGCAGUUGCGGCGAGAGGGGCCGGGCGCGAUGCUGAAUUAGGCGAGCGGAGCCCUUUGCAGGCGCGGGGGCAGGCUUAGCAGCCCGCAGCCGGCUCGGGUCGGGUCGCGGCGGCCGGGCGGGCGGCUCCCCAUGGCGAGCAACCGGAGCAUCGAGCUGGAGCACUUCGAGGAGCGGGACAAGCGGCAGCAGCGCGCCGGGCCGCGCCGCGGCGGGACCGGCUCUGGCGGCGGGGCCGCGGGGCCGCGGGGCAACGGGCUGAUCCCCAGCCCGGCGCACAGCGCCCACUGCAGCCUCUACCGGACGCGGACCCUGCAGGCGCUCAGCUCGGAGAAGAAAGCCCGCAAAGCCCGCUUCUACCGCAACGGGGACAGGUACUUCAAGGGCUUGGUGUACGCCAUCUCCACCGACCGCUUCCGCUCCUUCGAUGCCCUCCUGGUGGAGCUCACCCGCUCCCUGUCGGACAACGUCAACCUGCCCCAGGGUGUCCGCACCAUCUACACCAUCGAUGGCAGCAAGAAGCUCACCAGCCUGGACGAGCUGGUGGAAGGUGAAAGUUAUGUAUGUGCAUCCAAUGAACCGUAUCGCAAAGUUGAUUACACCAAGAAUGUCAAUCCAAACUGGUGUGUGAACAUAAGGACUGGGUCUACUCGAUCCUUGACGUCUCUGACAUCCACAAAGAGUGAAGUGAAGGAGAGUAAAGAUUUCAUAAAACCCAAAUUAGUGACUGUUAUUAGGAGUGGAGUAAAACCACGGAAAGCUGUGAGAAUUCUACUGAAUAAGAAGACUGCUCACUCCUUCGAACAGGUCUUGACUGACAUCACAGAAGCCAUUAAGUUAGAUUCAGGUGUAGUCAAGAGACUUUGUACGCUGGAUGGAAAGCAGGUGACAUGCCUGCAGGACUUCUUUGGAGAUGAUGACGUCUUCAUUGCGUGUGGGCCUGAGAAAUACCGGUAUGCUCAGGAUGACUUCGUGUUGGAUCACAGUGAAUGCCGUGUUAUGAAGUCCUCUUAUUCCCGAUCUGGCAUGAGGCAUACUGGGUCCAAAAGUCCAGGACCUUCACGUCGAAGCAAAUCACCUGCCUCAGUAAAGAGGGGUGGCCACUACUCCAGUGCUUAUUCUUCAGCAAAAUCCCCAGUUAAUGGAACCCCAAGCAGUCAAUUAUCCACCCCAAAAUCUACAAAGUCCUCCAGUUCUUCACCGACAAGCCCAGGCAGCUUUCGUGGACUCAAGAUCUCUCCACAUGGUGGGUCUUCCUCCAAUGUGAAUGGUGUACCUGAAUCACAUUGCCAGAGUCCUGAAGGUGUGAAUGGAAACAAGUGCUCAGGGUCAUCUACCAUUCUUGAGAAGUAUAAAGUGGGGAAGGUGAUUGGUGAUGGCAAUUUUGCUGUUGUAAAGGAGUGCAUAGAACGGUCCACAGGAAAGGAGUUUGCACUGAAGAUCAUAGACAAGGCUAAAUGCUGUGGAAAGGAACACCUGAUUGAAAAUGAAGUGUCCAUUCUGCGUCGAGUGAAGCAUCCCAAUAUCAUUAUGCUUAUAGAGGAAAUGGACACCACAACGGAACUGUAUCUGGUGAUGGAGCUGGUCAAAGGAGGAGAUCUAUUUGAUGCUAUCACUUCUUCUACAAAAUACACAGAGCGAGAUGGGAGUGCAAUGGUCUACAAUUUAGCCAGUGCACUCAAAUACCUUCAUGGUCUCAACAUUGUGCACAGAGACAUCAAGCCAGAAAAUCUCCUGGUAUGUGAAUAUCCAGACGGAACCAAGUCUUUGAAGCUAGGAGACUUUGGACUGGCAACAGUGGUUGAAGGACCUUUAUAUACCGUCUGUGGUACACCCACAUAUGUGGCUCCAGAAAUCAUUGCAGAGACAGGAUAUGGCUUAAAGGUGGAUAUUUGGGCUGCGGGUGUGAUUACAUACAUACUGUUAUGUGGAUUUCCACCUUUUCGCAGUGAAAACAACCUUCAAGAAGACCUCUUUGAUCAGAUACUCGUUGGGAAGCUGGAAUUUCCUUCUCCCUACUGGGAUAACAUCACUGAUUCAGCAAAGGAAUUAAUUAGCCUGAUGUUACAUGUGAAUUCUGAAGCCCGAUAUACAGCAGCACAGAUCCUAAGCCAUCCCUGGGUGUCAGAUGAUGCUUCCCAGGAGAAUAAUAUGCAAGCUGAAGUAACAGGUAAACUGAAGCAGCACUUUAAUAACACCCUACCCAAGCAAAAUAACACAUCUGCUGGGGUUUCUGUCAUCAUGAACACAGCUCUAGAUAAAGAGAGUCAGAUUUUCUGCAGCAAGCGCUGUCAGGACUCUGAUAGAGCUGGAACGGAGAAAAUUUCUGCAAUUACUGCUGCAGCUGAUGAUCCUCACGUGGCUGGGUCCAAGACCCUCUUCCCUGCUGCUUCUGAGCCACUCAGAUCCCCCGUGCUCCCUGCCUCAGUAUCUCCCGAGUUUGCUGGGGAUCGGCCUGGUGCGUAGGACUGAUGAAACCAAAUCCACCUGAAGCUCCCUGCACUCUCACCCCGAUUUCUCUUCAUUUCACAUGACAGUUUGGUUUCGGUUUGCGCGCACCCUCUCGUGGCAAGCCCAGGGCAGGCUCAGUCAGGGGAGACUGAUCUUCUCAUAGCGGGUGGGUGAAUGUGCGGUGUGAGUGCUCUUUGCUCUUGUCUUGAGAAGAGCAGUAGGGGAAAGAUCCUGGCAAUGUUAGAUGAUUUUUAAGUUACCUGUGUUAGUUUAAUGAAGUGCAUUUCACACAGCCUUGGGCUCUAGCCUAACUUACGGUGUAGCUAACUGUAUUUUUAUAUGAGCAGUGAGACGAUGAACAGUUACCUGGCCUCACCUCUACAAGCAGGCCCCGUUCUGUUCUUCUGAUGAGGAUUUGCAGAAAAGUAGGAGAGGAAGACAAGGGAAGAAAAACUUACAUUUACUAUCUACUCAAAUGCCUCUAUUUUUAGCCAAGUUUCUACUAAACUUGAAGAGGCAAAUUUUCACAAAAAAAAAUUUUAGUGGACUAACUCUAAAGUAUCAUGAGAAAAAACACUGGAGAUAGAGGGAAGGAUGGUUGGUUUUGCAUCGAGUUUCUUACCUGACUUGCAGGCUACAGGGUAGUGUUUAGAUAAUACGAAUUUAAAUAAAAUGACUUGGGAUGUAAACAUGAGCACUGGACAUUCAUUUGUAACAAAGGCUGGAGUCAAGGAAGACUUUCUGUUCUAGCCAUUUUCUGUCCUAAUCACAAGUGUCCCAUCCACACCUUUCUCCAGGGUCAGACUACCUAUUACAUAAAAUAUAAUGAUUUUGGGCCUGUGAAUGGAAAGCCUGCUGCAUGUUAUCUAAGCUAGGAUGAAUGGAGCAGUUCCUAGUGCUAGGGUGAGCUGAUAGAGGAGCUACUACAGAUAGCUGCCAUCAACAGCAAUCAGAGGUUUGUCAGUGCUAUCCCCCUAUUCACCUGGUGCAGGCACUGGAAACAAGGAUUGGGGAGCAGCUAUCCUUAAUCUGCAGUUGCAAGAUAGAUGAAGUUUUACCUUUACCAUAAUGCUUAGUUCAAUAUAGUAUGUAUUCAGCUUAUUCUUUUCCUUUGCUCGUUCUUAUGAAUUGGUCAUAGAUCAUUUUCUUUCUUAGCUAUACUUUCUACUAGAAUUGUAAAAGGAAGACCUGCAAUAAACUUUCUUCAUUAAAAAAAAGGCAUUAAUUUCUUUGAGAACUCAGUUAUUUUGUCAGUGAAAAUGUCAUCUUAUUCUCCCUGGAGAGAUUGAACAGUCGGGUACCUACCAAAAAAUCAGAGCAAUUCUCAUAACCAUUCAAAGUUCAUUGACUCCUAUGGAAGACAGGUAACACAUGACUGAAUAUGAGUGUUUUACUUUUUGAAGAGGCAAUUAAAGAUCAAAAAGUGCCAACUGACAACAUAAGGUCAUGGCACAGCUGAAAGAUACACAGCAUCUUGGCCAAAAAAGGGGUAGUAAAGGUAUGAAAACAUACUACAUGUCUUAAUGUAAAAGUUGGGCUACAACCAGGCAUUGUGAAUUAAUCCAGCAAACCUGUAACAAAGUUAAGUUCAAGAUAUUUGGAGAGUAUGGGAAUGGCCUUUGUAUAAAACUAUGUACAUUUACAUUUUGGUACAGUGCAAAAAUAGGAAGAUAACACUAACCUUAAUCAGAACAGAAACUAGCAGGAGUCCAUUAGCUAGCUGUAUGUGCAGCUGGUCAAUUCCAUAACAAGUCUUAGACAAGCUAAAGAAAGGACAGGUAAUUUCAGAUGGAGCGGGCUAACCAGGCACCUACAGUAAGGAAAGGGAGUCCCCAGCAGAGAAGACAGCGACAGACCACUGAACUAUAAGAUUAGUAAAGAGGGACCAGCAACGCAGUGGUGAAGGCUGGGUUUCUAGGAGGAUGGAUAUUCAGCUGUGCAAGGCCUAAGUAUUUAUGAAUGAAAAACUGUCAUGGGUUAGCAGAGAUACUAACAAGUUGUUACACAGCUUCAUACAUACCUAGGAUGGUAAUUUGCUGGCUCUGUAGCUGCCGGUUCUAAACUGUUACUUUGUCUUGUGGAAGAAGAGAGCAAAGACAUACAGACGUACAUACCCCGAAUGCAUGUGCCCAAGUUCAUGACUGAUCAACUUCUAAACCUUGUUACAUUCUUAAACAAAUAUUUUGAUUCACAGAGCAGAGGCAGUUGAUAAACCAUGCCAGAACACCUAUUUAAACACAGUGACAACAGCUGGACAAGAUGAUCAUGUGGCCAACAUAACUGGAUAAAAAGAUGGGAUAGCUGAACAAGUUCUUAAGUCCACGUAUAACCUCAGGGAAGUUAUGUCACUACUCCAUGCCUUAAUUUAGUUCCACAGAUGUUAAAUCUAUGGGUGCAUCGGUGGUAUGUUUGUGCUGCUCAGGGUAUCACAGUUCAACAUAAAACUAAAGACCUGCUGGUUGACAUUAAAACACUUAAUGAAGGCUCAUAAGUAUUUUAUUUGGUUUGCUAUCUACUGCACUUUUAUUUAAUCCUUCCCACUUUGUAGAACCACCAGUUGCUAGAAUAAUGCAAAAAAUAGAAAAGAAAGUGUAAACCAGAACUAUGCUAGCUGCUAUAAAGGGAAAGAAAAGACUAUAGAGACUGUAACAAGCUAUACAUCUGUCAGAGGACUGUCACCUUUUUGUUCUGUAAAAAUAGCUGAGGUUUCUGCACCAUUUUGAUAGAUAUUGAUUAAAUGCCAGUUUUUUUCAAACAGUCAACAGUGACAGCAUAACUGCUACCAUGCCUAUGUUUUAGAAAAUUAUUUUUUAAAAGUAUUUUUAAAAAUCCCUGGUCUUUUUUAGCCCCUUUGAAUGUCAGCAGUUCAUAUAUUUCAAAGGAGCCAAAUCCUGCAGUUCUAGAGAUUUGAAAUCCCAGAACUGAAUCCUCCCCCUGCUGUAACUCAGCAUAACACUAAAUUAAUCAAAAGUUACUUUUACAGAUAAUUACCCCCAUUCCUGAACUUAGAAAAUUAAUUACUAUAAUUGUCAAAAUACAUUAAAGGUAGAUGGUGUUUUACAAUGAUGUGACUUUCAUCAAGUUAUUGACUCAUGCUUACAGCUUGUCAUUAAGAAUAUUUAUCUAUGUCAGUAAAUCUUACUUUGAACUACUGUAGUAAGCAGCGAUACCUUGGGUUUAGAUGCAUAGUUUCCCCCCCAUCUAAACUGAAUACUUGAGGAAGAGAAGCUAGGAGGAAGUAAUGACUAAAACUA